CAAAUCAUUUGACAACGCUAGUUUGCGACAUGAGAGAACUAUGGCUUCCUCCUUGAUAAAGUGGUUAAGAGGAUUAUAUGUUUUUUUCUUAACAUGUCUCCUGUCCGUUUUUGCUUUUUUGAAUUUAGAAGAAUUAAAUGAAAUGAAAUAUGGAAUACAGAUUCUGCCCGACCCUGUUAUUAUGGGACAGAUGGAAGAUGUGAUGUUGGUCUCUAACAAAUACAAGCAGCUGUAUGAGUGUCGUUUGCCAGCUCAGGCAGUGCGUUUCCAUCAGGACCCGGUAUCAGAGCCUGACAUGCUGGGUUACAGUGGCCCAGGAGUCCCUGACCUCCUCAAGCCCAUGCAGACUGCACCAUGCCUGAUUAAGACCAAAGACUGGUGGACUUAUGAGUUCUGCUAUGGCCAGCACAUCAGGCAAUAUCACUUAGAAGAUUCAGAGAUCAAGGGAGAUGUGCUCUUUUUGGGAUAUUAUGAUUCAGAGUUCGACUGGACCAAUGAAACUGCAAAGGUUAAUGUGCUCAAAUUGUUUACUCGUGCAUCUAAGCAGCAUAAACUGAAGAGGUAUCAUAGUCAGUCAUAUGUCAAUGGCUCUAAAUGUGACUUGAAUGGCAAUCCCAGAGAGACGGAAGUCAGAUUUGUGUGCGAGGAGGGCUCGAGUGACUAUAUUGCACGGGUAGAUGAACCUCAGUCCUGCCGCUACGUCUUGACAGUACACACCUCUCGUACCUGCCAGCACCCCCUCCUUCAGCCUCCUUCCACCACCAAGCCACAAGGCAUUGUGUGCCAACCCGCUCUCAGUCCCCAGCAAUAUAUGGACUAUGUCAAGGCUCAAGUCUCUGACACUAAACGUAAAGUGGAGCAGAUCUCGGAGGAGCUCAAGAACUUGGAUGAAAUUCUGUCCAAAGAUGACAAGAACAAUGGAUUGCAGGAUGACAAAACAGAUGAGGAUCCUGUAGUCCAUUCAGAUGAGUCUCCAGUUUCAGUGUCAGAAACCAAAGAGACCGAAGUAGCUGAAGUGGACUCUGUGAGUGAAGAGCCGGGGGAUAAGGACUUCUGGGAGGGAGUGACCAAACCAGCAAGCACAGAAUCAAGCACACCUGACUCAGAGACCCCUCAGGAGCCUCAGGACAACCAAUUACAUGAAAAUAACUUAUUUGGGGAGGAAAAGUUUAAUUUUAAAAUCAUAACAGACCCUGCAGACCUCAUGAAGUUUGUACAACACCUCAGAGAGAGCAACCAGAAGAACAAGAAAGCCGAAAUGGAAAAAGAGAGCCAGCAAUCAUCUCAGAAGAGAGAAACAGAUGAGGAAGUAAACAAAGAGAGGACAUCGGAACGGGAAGUGGAGGUGGAGGUAGAGGAAGGGGAUGAGGAUGAAAGAUUGCUGCAGGAGUUUGAGGAUGAGAUGGCAGAUCUGUCCGUUCCCUCCUCCAAGUUAGAAGAGAUAAAAGAAGAGAUGCAGAAGGAGUUCGACAACAUCAUAGAGGAAGCUCAGCAGGAGUUAGAGAAUGAAGGUCUUAAGGGUGAGUUUGAUCGCUCUCAGGCUACACAAACUCUAGAGAACACACUGGGGAAACUUCUGGACCGUCUUGAAGACAAGACCGAACAUGAGAGUGAACCAGAAACAGAAAAAAAUACAGAAAUGCAUAAAAGCACACACUCGUCACAAAAGGCAGAAGGAGAUCCUUCUCCUGGCAGCCCAAACCUGCUUCCCAAAACGCCAGCCCAAGCGGGCAGCAGUGGCGAGCAGGUAAAAGUCAGGGUGACUAAGUAUAAGGUGGGCGGAGGUGUGGCUGCAGGAGCGGUUACCGGGGGCAACGAUGAUGAUGAGGGGGGUGUGAAGGUGAAGGAACUGGGCGAGGGCGACCCCCAGUGGCAUCAGAUUCAGGAAGUGGUCAAAGAGCAGCUAGAGAGAGCCGGCAUCAAGGCCGAAGGAAAGAUUGAGGUGAAAAUUUUGACCCGUAAGACAGCAGAGGAAGCGGGAGAUCAGUGGCUCACUGAGGAGGAUACAAAAUCAUUUAGAGAGCUUCUCAUCAACCUUUUGACUGGAGGUACAGAGGAAGUGUAUAAAGAGCAGAAGAGACAGCAAGAGUUGGAGAAUAACUACAAAUUUGUCUGGGGAGAAAAACAGGAGGAGAGCCAGUCCACAGGAAACAGUGAAUCUGAUGAAGCAGACUUUUGAGCCUCUACCUCUUCUCUCAAGCACUUUUAACUUGAAGAAGGGCAGCCAGCGUUCUCUGAUCUCUGAACUCUAAGCCACCUGGUUGUCACUUUACAGUGUGCAUGGCAACCAAACUCCUCUCUCAGACUGUUUAAGUCAUGUGAUCCCUGUAAAGGGUUCAGUCCACGGCCGUGAAUUCUGAUUAUCCUGUAUGAGCAUCUGUAAGUUGUUUAUACUGUAUCUUGCCUGUUUUCAGUUUGGGAUUUUUUUUUUUUAAAUAUACAAAUAUACUUCAUGUUUCAGUUGUGUUGCGCUUUAUGUCUGUGUGUGACCGUCUGUGAAACAGACCUUCCUUCUCUUUCACAUGGAAACAAAACAUCAGUUAGUAUGCAUUUCAAAGUUUAUUUUGAAAAGGCAGUCUGGACAUACGUAGUCUCAUUACUGGACAGUGCUGUAAAAUGCUGUUGAUGAUUGAUAUGUGCAAUAUGGAGCUUGAUGCAGAGUCACCGUAAUGGCAGGGCGUUGACAAUAACUGCUUCAGCAAUUAUUCUUAUUAUUUUAUAAAUUGGACUUCUUUGAAAACAUCUACGGCUUCUUCAACAAAUCCUUGCCAUGCACUAAGCAAAAUAUUUAGUGUACAGCUUCAGUUUUGUCUUAAUUCAUGUUCUUAAUUUAAAAAUUAAACAAAAAACUUUUGCUGAACAUUGGAAUCUAAUGCAUUUAAGCACUGCUUCCAUGUCCCCAGCAGAUAAGGGCUCUUUUUGUUGUAAAUGCUUUGGUCGAUUGUAAAUAAUGUUGCUACAGCACUUGAUUUGUUUGUUAAUAAGACAUACUUUCCAUUUAUAAUUUCUAACAUAAGCACAAUUUUUGUGAGGGAAUGAGAGUGGUUACAGCUGCUGUAAGGAAUUAAUCAUUUCUUUUAGUAUUUGACAGAUACCACUAAAAUAUUUAUUUCCAUAUUGUCUCUGGCAGCCCCAAGGGUGGGCAGAUAGAUGGGUACAUUGAGGAAAAUAAGUCUUUGAACACCCUGCCAUUUUGCAAGUUCUCCCACUUAGAAAUCAUGGAGGGGUCUGAAAUUGUCGUCGUAGGUGCAUGUCCA